UGUUCCUACCAGACUUUCUGUAAGAGAUCAUCAUAGAAGAAUCAGUGCAGAAGCGUCUGGAGAAGUCUCACAUAAGUAACGAGUUUGGUUAUUCUUAAGAAUAUAUCCCACUGUACCAAAUGGCUCCUUCUCGCACGAAGUAAGUAUACGUGUCAGCAAGCUCGUUUGACAGCUAUUUUUACAUCCCCUGCUCCUGCCAGCGUAGUAGCUGACUACAUUAGCAGUUGGCUGAGGCUUGCUUGCAAGUUGCGGCAGCAGGCCCCUGUUACAGCAAGCACCAGGAUGAAUUUGCGGAGCUUCCGUAAUGUCCCUCUGGUUCCCAUGGAAACUUCUUCCUCCUCAUCUGAUGAUAGCUGUGACAGCUUUGGUUCUGACGGCUUCUCCAAUACUAAGAGACCAUACACCAGGGCCAGGGUGACAGCAAAGAUGUCCAAGGUGUUUGAGGCCACUUCAGAUGAAGAGACAUCAGAUGGGUUUGCAGCAAAAGAUGUAACCAAUGUAAUAGAGACCAUGAAUGUGGACUCUGACUCAGAGGGCUCAGAGCCUCUUCGUCAUGUCCGACGUUCACAGACCUUGAAGGUGGCCUUGAAGUUCCCCAGCAGGAAAACGGUCCACAAGAAGGCAUCCUCCACAGAGGCCCUCCCUCAGUCCAAAGACCCUGAGUCCAACUCUGAGGAGGGUGAAAGCUUCUUGGACAAGAGGGCGCUCAACAUCCGGGAGAACAAAGCGAUGCUUUCUAAACUGAUGGCCGAGCUGAACAAAGUACCUGGGCUGAUGCCCAAAAGGACAUCUCUUCUCACAGCAAAUACGCCUCGACGUGUCCCCCGCCAUUCUGUGGGAACUCCCAGUGCCCGUAGGAGGAACCCUGAGCGCACCUCUCGACCUCACACACGUUCCCGCUCCCUCAUCGAUGGCCCCCCCUCACCCCCGCCUGAGGAAGACCCGGAGGAUAAGUUCAGUCUGGUGCGCAGGAGCCGCUGCUAUGAAGAGGUGAUAGAAGAAACGAGGGAGCCUCGUCGGCGCAGCUACAAUGGAACGAUGGCCAUUCUUCAUGUGGUCCGUCCUGUGGAGGAUGUUACACAGGCUGAGCUGGAUAACAUUUGUUUCAACGUCCGAGAGAAGGUCUACGACCGCUCCACUGGAUCCACUUGCCACCAGUGUCGCCAGAAGACCAAGGACACCAAGACAAACUGCCGUAACCCAGAGUGUGUUGGAGUGAGGGGUCAGUUCUGUGGGCCAUGCCUCCGCAACCGUUACGGCGAAGAGGUCCGAGAUGCCCUACUGGACCCAGAGUGGCGCUGUCCCCCGUGCAGAGGAAUCUGCAACUGUAGCUUCUGCAGGGCGCGUGACGGACGCUGUGCCACUGGUGUCCUCGUCUACCUCGCAAAAUACCAUGGCUACGACAAUGUGCACGCCUACCUGCUCAGUCUGAAACGUGAGUUGGAAGGGAGCCAGUGAACCAGUCUUGUGGCAGCCCAUGCAAUUUUUGGCCACUGGCAUCUCUUGAAUCUGCGAUGUGGCUACUUUGCAAAACCUUUAUUCUGCGCCCCCUAUGCCCAAUGUGCUUUUCCUGUUUCUGUAUUCCAGAUAAAUUCUAUAAAGUUUUAAUUACAUUGUUCUAAAUGUAUAAUGCUUUAUCAGUCCUUAAGAAAAAGCAGUUUUAAGCAGACAUUUGCUAAUAUCAGUUGCUCGUAGGUCCUUAGAUUGACUGUCUAGAAGCGCAUAUAAUGAAAUGCAAUGUGCUAAUUUUUUUAGUUUCAGGCUAUUAUGAACUCAAUUAGAGUACAUACAGUUGCUGUGUGCAUGUAUCAGUUUGGUUACUUAAUUAUUUUAUACUUUGCUGAAAAUUGAGUGUACCUUAUAGCUCAUCAGUUACAUGAGCCUUUGUCUUUCCAGUUUUACCAUCCCUGUUUAUGUUCAUCUUGCUCCAAGUUGGUGGAGAAUUUACAUAAUUUUACCAUUGCCCCACUGUUGAUAAUAAAGAGAAAAUGUUAAAUGUC